AUGGCAAUAAGGUUGGAGUAUGAUAAUCCAAGCCAAGAAGAAGUUGGAUCAACAUCCGAGCAAGUUGGAUCAACAUUCGAGCAAGAUUUUACUGAUGAAUUUACAACAGAUACGAUAUUCCAGUCUCGAGAAGAAUUAAUCCAAUGGGCACGUCAUAUUGGACAAAAUCUUGGGUUCAUUGUGAUCAUCUUAAGAUCGGAAAUUGGAGGUCCUGGAAAGCGUCACAAAUUGUUAAUGACAUGCGAGUGUAGUGGAAAUUAUAGAUCCUUGAAGAACUCGACUAAACUUACAGGGUCUAAGAAAUGCAAUUGCCCAUUUCAAUUGAAAGGAAUAAAAUUGGAAACCGAUGAUGAUUGGAUGAUCAGGGUCCUUAGUGGAAUUCAUAAUCAUUCAAUAGCAGUUUACAUGGAAGGACAUUCGUUUGCUGGUAGACUCUCAACUGAGGAAAACAAUAUUAUGAUUGAUAUGUCAACGAAUUUGGUGAAGGCACGCAACAUAUUGUCUACACUAAAGAGCAAAGAUCCAGAGAAUGUCUCCACUAUAAAAACAAUCUACAAUGCUCGCCAAAAGUAUCGAGUUGCAGAAAAGGUGGGUAAGUCUCAAAUGCGACAACUUCUCCAUAAAUUGAGCGAGCACGAGUACAUAUAUUUCUAUCGCGCUAAUGAUGAGACUAAUGAGCUUCAAGAUUUAUUUUUCCCUCAUCCACGCUCGUUAGAUAUAUUGCCUGCCUUUCCAUUUGUUUUGUUAAUGGAUUCCACUUACAAGACAAACAGGUUUCGUAUGCCACUUUUUGAGAUUGUUGGUGUAACAUCAACCGAGAAGACAUUUUCUGUAGCAUUUGUCUUGCUCCAAUCAGAGAAUGAAGAUAAUUACACUUGGGCACUGAGUUGUUUGCGCUCCAUGAUAGAUCAAUGUCUAUUGCCAAGGGUUAUUCUCACCGAUAGAGAAUUAGCUUUAAUGAAGGCAAUUGCAUGUGUCUUCCCUGAGGCUACUGCUCUCCUUUGUCGAUGA